UUGAAAAAAAAAAAAAGUAAAAUACCAAACGCUUGAUUAAUGAGGCACACAUAAACCCUAAUAAUAUAUAAUAAUAAUAAUAUAAGGAAGAAAGGCACAGAAACCAAAAUUUAGCGGGAAAGGGAAGCAUGGUGAUCGUUAUUUAAAGAGAGAAAGAAAGUGGAAGAAAGAAUGGCGUUGAAUUUGGGACUGAGAUCUUUAUGUAGAAUCAGAAUGUCCAACCAAACCAACUUCUCUUCCAAAACAGACCCAAACCCAAACCCAAAUCCAAACCCAGGUUCUAAGUCGUUCAAUGGCGUCUCGCCCCCAGAACUUCGUGUGUUCUCCAGGAGAAAAAAGAAAUUCAAAGAGACACUACUCGAAACAACUGAUCUUUCUGUCCUACCGGACAUUGAAGAAUUUGCAUACAAGAAAAUGAAAGGAUCUGUCUCUCAGAGAAAGUCUGAAGGUGCAUCUGAUGUGAUUGUGAUGGAAGCUGAAGUAUCGAGAGUUCAGCCAAGAGGUGUAGCACCUAAUAACUGGCAGCAGGUCCUUGAGGGGAUUCGCAAUAUGAGGUCCUCAGAAGAUGCACCAGUAGACACUAUGGGAUGUGAAAAAGCAGGAAGUCUUCUUCCUCCUAAGGAACGAAGAUUUGCUGUCUUGGUAUCAUCACUUUUAUCAAGCCAAACCAAGGAUCAUGUCAAUCAUGGAGCAAUUCAACGUCUCUUACAAAAUGGUCUGCUUGCUGCUGAUACCAUUGACAAAGCUGAUGAAGCAACCAUCAAAAGCUUGAUUUAUCCUGUUGGAUUUUAUUCAAGGAAAGCAAGUAACUUGAAGAAAGUUGCAAAAAUAUGUCUCACAAAGUAUGAUGGUGAUAUUCCUAGCUCAUUGGAGGAGCUACUUUUGCUUCCAGGGAUUGGACCUAAGAUGGCACAUCUGGUUAUGAAUGUUGGUUGGAACAAUGUUCAAGGCAUAUGUGUUGAUACUCACGUGCAUCGCAUAUGCAAUCGACUUGGAUGGGUGUCACGACUAGGCACAAAGCAGAAAACUUCAUCUCCUGAGGAAACAAGAGAGGCAUUACAGAAGUGGCUGCCAAAGGAAGAAUGGGUUCCAAUAAACCCUCUUCUGGUUGGAUUUGGUCAGACAAUUUGUACUCCGCUAAGACCCUGCUGCGGAGUGUGCACUAUAAGUGAAUUCUGCCCAUCUGCAUUCAAGGAGGCACCUAGUCCCUCCAAAUUUUCUAAGUUGAAGAAAUCUGCUUCAAGAAGGAAGCCCUAACUAAGGGAGCAUUCCUUUGUAAUUUUUGCCUUGUGUAGAUGCUUCUAUCAUUGCAGCCAUUUUAUCAUGCCUUAUAGGAAUGUUGGUAUGGGAGUAAUGUAAUGUAAUUUACCUGCUCUUUUGUUCCUCAUUGCAAAGUUAGAGGUUGCACGCUUGGGGAGAUUUAACUUAUUUGAACGAACUUGCAAAUUAAGUAUAUAUUCAUAGGAGAAACCCUUAAAGUGCAUUCUAGGGUGUCCAUGUCCAACACCUUAAGACAUAACACAUACAGUUGGUUGGUGCAAGUAAAUUAAGUAAAUGGCAUAUUUCAGAACCGA